AUGCGGAACCGGUGGUCGGUGAUCGCCAAGCGGCUCCAAGGCCGGUCAGAGAACUCCGCCAAGAAGCAUUGGAAUGCCACCCGUCGUGGCCUCAAAGCCCGGCGCUUCCUCAAGAAGCGGAGCAGCAAGCGGCUGCCUUAUCCAGACAAGCUCACCCACCUUGCGCACUACAUCAGAACCCUCUACCGUCCAACCCCCUCCGCUGCUGCCGCCUCUCUAUCCCCUCCGCCUCCGCCCAUGCAGGAGGACGAAGAACAGCUGCAAGCACCGGACGGCGGCGCCAUUAUUAAUUCAUCUUAA